CCCAGUUCCAUACGCUCCGUUGGCGAGUGGAUUCUCUCCCACCACAGCGGACGAGGACGACUUGUCCGCGCACAAAAUACAAUAAUAUGACGGAUAUAGAGGAACGCCAGAGUUUAUUGGGAAACGUAAAUGGCGAAUCCGAAGCCGAGGAGCCCGGUAAACAAAUGUCGGCUAUCAGCGACCCCACUCGCCUGCUGCACAGAAUAGUUGUCCUUAUUUUUAUGUGCUUCCUUGGCUUCGGCAGCUACUUCUGCUAUGAUAACCCGGCUGCGCUCCAGACAGAUGUCGUCCAGGACAUGAACUUGAACACGUCCCAGUUCAUGCAGCUUUAUGCGUGGUACUCCUGGCCCAACGUAAUCCUCUGCUUUCUCGGAGGAUUUCUCCUUGAUAGAGUUUUUGGCAUCAGGCUUGGAACCAUCAUUUUCUCCCUUUUCGUCUGCGUUGGACAGGUGAUCUUUGCUGCUGGGGCUCUGUUGAAUCGUUUCUGGCUGAUGGAGGUUGGGCGGUUUGUCUUUGGAAUCGGAGGCGAGUCCCUGUCCGUGGCUCAGAACACUUACGCCGUCAACUGGUUCAAAGGGAAGGAGCUGAACCUGGUGUUUGGCCUCCAGCUCAGCAUGGCUCGACUGGGCAGUACAGUGAACAUGAACAUCAUGGGCUGGGUGUACAGCAGAGUGGCGGAUCUCAUCGGCUCCAAGGGGCCCAGUACGCUUGGAACUGCCCUCAUGAUAGCCUCAGUCACAUGCUUCUUCUCGUUGGUAUGUGCACUGGUGCUGGGCUACCUGGACCGGAGAGCAGAGAGGAUCCUGAAGAAGGAGCAGGGGAAAACAGGAGAGGUGAUCAAGCUAACCGACGUGAAGGACUUCCCCUUAUCACUUUGGCUCAUCUUCAUCAUCUGUGUGGGGUACUACGUGGCCAUCUUCCCCUUUAUCGGCCUCGGACAGGUUUUCUUCAUUGAAAAGUUCAACUUCUCUCCAGCUGAAGCAAGAGCGAUCAACAGUGUGGUGUACAUCAUCUCAGCCCCCGCGUCUCCCUUCCUGGGCUUUCUGGUGGACAAGACGGGCCGGAACGUGAUCUGGGUCAUGUGUGCCGUGGUCACCACGCUCGCCGCUCACAUGAUGCUGGCCUUCACCUUCUGGAACCCCUGGAUCGCCAUGUCUCUGCUGGGUGUGUCCUACUCCCUGCUGGCCUGUGCUCUAUGGCCCAUGGUGGCCUUCGUGGUGCCUGAUCAUCAACUGGGAACCGCCUACGGCUUCAUGCAGUCAAUCCAGAACCUGGGCCUGGCUCUGAUUUCCAUGGCAGCCGGGGCCAUCCUAGACAACAGAGGAUACCUAUUCCUGGAGGUCUUCUUCUGCGCCUGCAUCUGCAUCUCCCUGAUUGCUGUGGUUGUGCUGUACUUGGUGGACUUCCUUCAAGCCGGGGAGAUGAACCUGUCAGCUGCCGCCAGAGCCAGGCUCUACGAAGAAACCAGGCUCCAGGAGGAAGCCAGACUCCAGAAAGAAGCCCCUUCAGACUCGGAAUGAUGAAGAUGAGAGGGGAAGCACGUAAAAACACAAAUGGUCCUGGGCUUCGGAGCCAGCUCUCUGCACUGCCCCCUCCCCUUAGCACCAGAGCUGUCAAUCAACUGCGAAGAGGGCAGGAUUGACUCCGCCCUCAGUGCUGUGGUUUGUGGCUCCUCCCACCAGGACUCUGACUGUCGGCCCCAUGGGGAUGAAGGACACGGUGAUGUCUGACUCUGACAACACACUGACACAUCCCUGCCCAGUGUCCACUCACCUGGUGUGGGAUAGCACUGGAGCCUACCUACCUGUGUGUGUGUGUGUGUGUGUGUGUGUGUGUGUGUGUGUGUGUGUGUGUGUGUGUGUGUGUGUGUGUGUGUGUGUGUGUGUGUGUGUGUGUGUGUGUGUGUGUGUGUGUGUGUGUGUGUGUGUGUGUGUGUGUGCCCGCACAUUUGGUUGGUUAGUUUCUUUUUAAUUCUACGAUAAGUGAAUACUAUUCCACACGUCUUCAUGCAGACUAGGUCACUGAAUGUGUUUCUGAUGGAACAGGGGCUAAUUAUCCCAGUACUUUUAAUUAAUAUGUUAUUUUGAUUGUAUUUCAAUCGGGUUUCCUGUGGUGGGUUUUAAUUCAUUCAUAUCAAUUCUGCCAAAACAGACUUUUUAACUCAGUAAGUUGACAUAUCAUAUGUCAGCAGUAACAAUAACUGCAGACAAAAAUCCCAGUGCCUUUUAUGAUGAACUACUUUAUGUUCAGUGUUAAUAAUAUGCCUCAUUGACCUUUAUAGCCAGUAUUCUUGAAAAUAUCAUUUAUUGCUUUAAUUUCAUCUCUUUCUGCCCUCUCUGCUAGCCUUGGAGGUUCAUAAAAGUUAAUUUCCUGUCACCUCAUCAAAUCGAAUAUUACUUGAAUGAUCCAGAGGAUCAGAAUAGCGAGAGAGACCAUAGCACUUGUCAGUGUAGUGGCCUCAUGUUGGUGCUCCUAACAUUUUGUUGCAAUAUAAGUAGUGGUGAGGGAUGUUUUACGUUGUUCUGAAGCUUGUUAAGCUUGUUCUUUACAAACCAUAUGAUUGAGUCUUGUUUACGUUUUCAUUGUGAUAUAUAAUGACACGAAUUGGGAUCUAAUUGUUUGCAGGGUAAUUUGAAGAUAUUUGGUGUUAAACCACUUUUGAAAGUAACACACCUCAAUCAGUCGGUACAUUACCAUAAGGGUUAUUAAUUAGCGUGAGUUCGGUAACGAUAACCAAUAUUGUAAAGGGUUAGGGUUAGUAAAGCAUAUAGGUUAGGGGAAGUGUUAACCCUAACCCUUUUAAAAAAUGUAUAAAUGAAUCCAUUUCUUAACUUGAACACUGUUAGUAAACAUGAACAACCUCAGUAAAUGAUUACUAAUGCUAAAUGAACAUUGGUUAAAUGUUCAUUUAGCAUUAGUUAAUGCUUAUUACUGCAUUAACUAAUUUUAAUUAAUGGAAAAUGAAUGAAGCGGUACCAGUUACGAUCAGUCCUUACGUUGAGCGAAUGCAUUUGAUCUUGUUUGUUCAGGUGAACCUGCACGGAUCGGUUAAAAACCGUAUAAAAACACGUAGGCUUAUCAACUGUUUGAUAUGGCUGAGGUCCAUUUCUGUUUCCUAUGUUUUUAUUAUUGUUGUCAACCUUCAACAGUUGUCAGUUUCCAAGAAAUGAGAAUGGUCCUCCAUAGAAUUGUUGAAUUGUAUAACAUUUCCAAAAAAAUAAAUGAAAUGAAACACA